AAUUUCGCUUUCGAUCUGGUUGGUUGUGUUUCUUGGCUUCUCUCUGCGUGCGCCGUUCGUGGUGGGAAAAACGGAAAACAGGAGAACUUGCAAACCGAGCAAAUCGAAGAGGAACACUCCAGUUUACAAUUGUCCUGCGACUAAAAACCAAUCGGAAAUUUACACUAUCCUCUAAUCCUUUUUGUUUGCCGGCAAAAACCAGAAGCGCAAAAAAUAAACGCAGAAAGCGAAGCAAAAUGUGAAAAAUUGCCGAACAUGGCGCCGCGUGUGUGACAGAGAGCGAACGAUCGUGUGAGAGGGAGAUAGGGACGAAGCGAAGAUAAACAAUAAAAACAAUUUUUGAUACUUAACGUUCUACAACAACAAUAAACUAAGCUCAGGUACAACAACAAAACAGAAAAUUACGCAAAACACAACAGACUGCAUUGACGGGAAUUUUUCUAAGUAUUUUUGAUACACACAGCAAGGAGGUGUACGAUUUUUAAGCAAUAAGUGAAAGCAAUUACCCAUCAAGUUUAAAAUAAUACCAAUCUCGGUAGAAACUCACUCGGAAAAUCCAUCUGAAAACAAUUGAAAAGGCAACCGAAAAGUUGAAAUCUAACCAGACUAAAUCGCAAAAUAACAAGCAUUUACUAUACACAAAAAAUUAAAUUCCGAAUAAAAUCAGACUUUUGUCUGCGAAAUUUCUAAAAAUUUACAAAAACACGAAAAUUCACGAAAACUCACUGGAUCGUCAAACCAUCAGUUGAAAUAUAUUCUGGAAUCGGUUCAAAAAUAAAUAAAUAUAUGCCAGCAGCAUUUAUAUAGACCGCAAAUCGCACCAUAAAAUCGCGAAAAAAUCAACAAGCAAUAUUUUGAAAUUUAUAAUCGUAAAUUUAGAAUCGCAAAAUGCUGAUUCGAAAUAGAGAUUGAGGAUUCUCGAGGACAGCCAACCAAGUCUUUUCCCGCAACGAGUGCAUAUUAAUAGGAAAAAACACAAAUUUAUGGCUCCGCGUCGCAACAGCAACAUCAGCAGCAGCGGCAACAGCACCCAGCAGCAGCACCAGCAACAGUUGCAGCAGCAGCACCAGACGCAGCAACUGCUGCAGUUCUACGCGGAGAACGCGAAUUCUUCAGGCGUCCUGAUGGCGCCCAUGCAGGGAACCGGUGGCGUUGGUGGGGGCGUGGUCCACUGCUGCCUGCCCAGCGGAGACUGCCGCAAACUGGACACCCUGAUACCCCUCAACGAGCUCUCCCUGGCGGACUGCAUCCGCGUGUUGUGCAACAACGAGAACUGCAGUGCAGGCCAGUACAUGCACCGCGAGUGCUUCGAGUGGUGGGAGGCGAGCGUGCUGCAGGCGCUGAAGGCCAACGGUCGUGCUCGAUCCUGGUCGGAGCGGCAGCGUCUGCAGCACCUGUGGACCAAGAAGGGCUACGAGCUGGUCCAGAAGGCCUGCAGCUGCAAGUGCGGCAGGGGACAACUGCGCAAGGACCUCGACUGGGUGCCGCCGAGCAGCCAGGGCGUCAUAUACCUCAACGGGUCUGGCAACCGCGCCAAUCUGGCCAAUGGCAGCCUCAGCGAGGACGACGACAAGAAGAAGGCCAAGAAGAAGAGGAACCGCAACAACAACAACGGCGGUGGUGCUGGUAAUGGCACCGCCAAAGCCCCCUUGAGCAACAACAACGGCAACAGCUACGCCGGACUGACGCCCAAUCCGAAUGUGGGCGUCAUAGGGUCGGGUUUGCCCCACAACAACGGCAACACCACCAGCAAUGGCAGCAGUGGCAACAACGGCUCCUCCGGCCUGCUGCAGCCCAGUGUGCUGUCCACUUUCAGCAACAUCCUCAAUCAGAACAAUGUCCUCGGCCUGGACCUGCGCGCCAGGGCUGGCAGCCUGUCCUCCAGUGGAGCUGGCAGUGGAUCCACCUCGCCCUCGGACUCCCGGUCCAGUGGCGAGAUAUCCGUGUCGCCGGUGCAGCAAUUGCUGCCACAGCAGCAGCAGCAGCAGCAGUCGCUGCUGAUCCAGCCUCUGGGUCCAGCUUUCGGCAGCAACCUUCUGCAAAAUGGACUGGGCUUGUCCAAGAACCUGCUGAUUGCUCCCCAGCAGCAGCAGCAGAAUAACCUGCCUGCUUUGGCCAAUAUCAGCAACUUCAAGCCACUGGCCAGCUACGAGCAGCAGCAACUUGUGCAGCAGCAGAAGAACAAGGAGGUGGAACUCUAUUCCGAGCGAGUGCGCUCCACAUCUGGCUGCAAUGGGAUCUUUUCGCGUCGCCUGGACUUUUCGUCGUUCAAUUUGCUGCCAAAGACUCGUUUGAAUUCUUAUCAAGUCAAGAUUGAGGACGAGGGCAACCACGGCAACGAUGAGACGCGCCUCUUCAUCCUCUCCUCGCUGGCCCAAUCCCAGAUGAGCCGGGUGGCCUGUAUUCUGUGCGAGGAGCCGCUGCUCGUAUUCGAUCGCUAUCCACUGGUCGAUGGCUCCUUCUUCCUGAGUCCCAAGCAGCAUUCCAGCGGCUGCAUCGAGGUUAAAUACGAGGGACGCACUCUCUACUUGACCUGUGUUUGCAUGAGCUGCCUGGACGGAACCUCCAGCAGCCGCGCCAUCAACUGCAGAUUCUGCAAGGAGCCGUGGGAUGGCUCCAGCCUGGUUCUGGGCACCAUGUACGCCUACGACAUCUUUGCGGCCAUGCCCUGUUGCGCCGAGCGGUUCAAGUGCAAUAACUGCUUCAAGAUGCUAAUGCAUCCGCAGCAGCGGCUGAGCUUCUACAGUGACUACUCACACGGAGUGACCUGUCCGUACUGCAACACGCAGGACACGCACUUCGUUAAGCCGCUGACCUUCUGCUACGCCAAGAGCACGGCGACGCGGCUGCCGACUCUCGCAUAACAUGAGGCCCCGUUGGAGUCGCCCGUGGGAACAGGUGCCACAACCACUCAGGUGCCAAACGCCCAGGGCGCUCCAACGGCCUCCGGCUGCAGCAGCAACACCAUCGCCAGCAAGCAGCCACCGAAGCAGCCGCUCUACAAUGCCGCCAUCGAUUACUCGGCACCGCUGCAGCAGCAAAUUAAUCCAGACUUGAUUGGAGCCCAUCCGCAUGCCCAGCAGCAUCAGCAGCAGGUGCGGCAGCAGCAACAGCAGCAGCAACCACAGCAGCAACAACAACAGCAGCAGCAGCAACAGACACAACAACAUCAGCAGCAGCAGCAACAUCAGCCUGUGGUCAGCACUUUUCAGCGGGGCAACUUCCCUCAGCAGUCCCAUAAAACCAUGAACAUGAUGGCCAUGGGAGAUGUGAUGAGCAAGUACCAGCAGCAGCACCAACAGCAGCAGCAGCAUCGCCAGCAGCAACACAACCUGCAGCCACAGCAGCAACAUGCAACGCAGAAAGGACUCGAGGGCCUUCUACUGACCAACACAAACACAAGCAACAACAAUAGCAGCAGCAGCAGCAGUAUUAGUAACUUAAUCAUUAGCCAUAAUUCAGCCAGCAAUACAGGCAACAAAAUGCAGCCCGCUUGGGGCCAAAGUGAUGCCAUCUCGGCAUUGUGGGGCUGCUCCAGCAGCAGCAGUGGCUGCUCCUCGGGCAGUGGAUCGCAGCCCUCGUUGAGUCCGACGGCCAGCAGCAAUGGCAACGAUGGCUCCAAGAUGAUGUUGUGGGCGGCCCAAAGCUCGCCACAAAAUGCUGCAACACUCAGGGAUGGAUUCAAGGAGUCGCAGCGCCAGCAGCAGCAACAGCAGCAACCACUGCAGCAGCAGGUGCCACAUGCAGCCUCGCCCACAGCUUCGCUGACCAGUUCCAGUUCCUCCUCGAACGGAUGGAGCGCCUCGCAUUAUGGCAAGCCCAACAUCUGGGAGCUGCCAGGAUCCGCUGGUCAAAGGACACCGGCCAGCAACCACGACAUCUUCACCGAUCUCCUGUGCAACCUGAGCAUCAGUCAGGACAACAGCAGCCAGCAGGCCAGCAAGGCCGAUGCCUCCGACGUCAGCUCGAAUUCCUCCUCGUCGGCCGGGGAACUCCUGGAGGCAGCCAAUAUCUGGAGGUUUCCAGAGUUCGCCAGCAGUCAGCUCCACAUGGAGGAGCCGAUUGGCGGCGCAGCUGCCUGCAUGCAGCUCUUUAACGACUAUCUCAACAUGAACUAAAACGAAGAAUUAGGAGUCACAACAGCCUGCAGCAUUUGUUACUCUAGCUAAAUUGAAAAACAAAAAUUGAGGAAAAGGAGUAAGCAGGCGGAGGGGAGGCCAUAUACGAGCCACUCUCCUGAAGCGAGUGUUUUAGUUUUUAAAAUCAUUUGAUUUUUUUAUACACACACACAACACAUCUAAAACCGAGAGAAAACAAAGCAAACUAAAAACGAAUUUCUUGUUAUUUUUGUUGAGUUUUUUAGUUCUUUGUUUACACACCUACCUAAACGAAAAAAAGCAAUUUUUAGUUGUAUUUUAUAAAGCAAAUUUUUUAUACAUUUUACCAAAAAAAAAAAACAAACCGAAACGUAAAACAAAAAAAAAAAGAAAAAAAGAGUAGAGAUGAAGGGACAAAAAAGAAACAUUUACAUCACGAUGGAGGGAAAAGUUUUAUUUAGCAAAAAUUGAAGGCAGGGCAUUAAAUUGUUUAAACGAAUCAUAAUAAUUGCUGUGCUGCUCAAUAACACAAAAAAUUAUUAAAAUAAAAGGAGAAGGAGUAGAGUAGGAGAGUAUAACAGGAAGAGAGAAGGGGAGAACACGAAACAUUUGCUACAAUUUAUGAAACGUAAAAUUACAAAACCUAAAUUUAAAAAACAACAUAAUCGAUAAGUUGCACAUCUUUACCUAAGCGAUUGGUAAUUAUUCCUAGUUUUAGUAAGCGAAAGGAGAACCUCUGGAACCAAUUUAGUUUCUCGCUCCAGUUCAGAAAAAAGUUCAGUUAGUCCUCAGAGUAAUUCAGUGCCCCUGCAAAUCACCCACCCACCCAUAGCAGCCAGGCGGCACAUGCAACAAGGUCACCAUCACCAACACCACCCCCUUUCAGGAGUAUUUCAAGCAGGCGACCCACACCCACGCCCCCAAACUCUUAGUUAAGUCCUCGAAGAAAAGAAAAGAAAACAAAAUAUAAUACAAAUACUUUUGGCGCAGCGUGAUCAUUAAUUAUUAAGUCUAAGUGUUAGGUUAUAGCGAUCUUCUUGUAUAUGUCUAGGGUUCUUCUCUUUGUCUAAAUAGCAGAGCAGCCGUAUGUGAUGGAUCUCUAAAGGUAGAGUGAGGACCCCGCAGGUGCGAGCAAACCACAUGCAGGCACUCACUAUCGAUAGGUUUAGUAGGUUGUAAGGUCGAUUUUUCUAAAUUUUAAAUAUGGUAUGCAAGCAAACAUCCAACAAUUUAUAGAGCGGUUCAAUGUUUCCUGUUUUGUGUUUAUUCCGUGCUUAGAAAAGUCACCAAAACCCUGAGGUAAAAGUCCUUCCCAAUCUCUCAGUCCCCUCACCCAACCCCACUCGAAAUUGUGAGUAUUUAAUCGAAUUAAAAUAAAAAUUUCCCUUUUGUGAAUUAAACCCAACAAUCUUUCCCGUCUGUGAAAUUUUUAAUGAAAUUGAAAAUUAAAAACCAAUUGAUAUGUCCCCAUCUGUGAAAAGUUAUGCAAGGCAAUUCAAAUCUUAAGUUUUUCUUCAACAUCAAUCAACUGUGAAUGGAACUUAGGUUACCUAAAUCUUAAAUAUUCUGUGAACAUUUGAAUGUAAUUGAAAGUAAAAACCUUUUGAUAUUCACCAUCUGUGAAAUGUUUAAUGAAAUUUAAAUUAAAACACCUUGAUAUUACCCUGUGAAGAGAAGUUUAGGCCAGCUAAACCUUAAACAAGAUCAGCAGAAACUGUGUUAGAUUAUACAGUUUUGUUUCUCUUUCUUUUCCGUUUAAGAAUGUCGUGAAAUUUUUAAUAAAAUUAAAAGUAAAACCCCUUUGAUGUGUAGUCCACUGUGAGGAAAUGUUUAGGCAGCCGCUGUGUUACCCCAUUCCCUGAAUCCCUCGAGUUCGUUACGAGCUCUAAAAUGUAGAUCCUGUAAGUUUCGUCAAAUCAUCUGUGAGCAGAGUGCCGGGUCUUUUCUAAACAGCAUUCCAUUUCGGAAAGAUCUAGUUGAGAAGACUCGGCGCUUUUAAAGAACCUUCACUGUGAGCGUUCGAAAGGACAAAAUUUUUGACAAAAAUUCUAAACCCACACAAAAUUGUGACUAGGCCACGCCCAACGAAAUCUCUGUGACCCCAGUUGAGAACAAACAUUUUCAGAAAAUGUCUAAACCACGACCCCAAACCAAAAUUGCCUCCACUAAGACAGCCAAAACUGUGACAUCCCCAAUUUGCUCAUACCCUGUGAACAUUGAAAAUGUAUUUGUAUCCCUCUGUGAGUUGCCCUUCGAAAGGAAUACGAUUUUUGAGAAAAAUUUAAAACUCCAGCCCCGAAAGCACUUGUGAAUGCUCCUAGAAUAAGCGGUAAUCUUUCGUUUCAGAUUAUUUCGGAUAUCUCCCAGCAGUGUCUGGAAUUUUUUGAAAAAGAAUUCGAAAACCUCCUCGAAUAUCUGUGAAAUCCCCUUUCGUAGACUCCCAACCUCGACCCCUUUUAUCCCCCUUUGGUGACUUUUGGUGUGGGAUUUGCUUGAAAUACAAAGCCCUGGGGAUCGGGAAUGGCAUCCCAAGUUGCAUGUGCUGCACUUUCUCCAGAAAUCAGAAAUCGAACGCCUCCUUUUGGGCAUUUAGCAUUGCCGCCAUUUUACAUACCAAAUAAUACACGUUAAUUAAACGACAAUUUUUUCAGAACGCAUGAAGGGACAAACUGAGUGAUAGUAAAUUUUUUUGGACACAAAACCUACGAUAACGAGACGUCUUCGUUAUUCCUACUUAUAUAGAGCUACCGUUAAGUUUAUAAGUACAUACCCUAUACCAUAUACCCUAUACCGUAUAAAACGUACGCCUAACUAACCUAAAUUGAUAGAAACUACACUUUUUGGCAUUUACUUGAGAGGAUUAUAUAUAAGUUUGGCACAGUUAUAUAUAAUUUUCGUCUAAAUUUAAGGUUUUAAUCUAGCAUACAUGUACGCGCAGGAGGAAAGAGAGGAAGUGAACUUACUUAUAGGCAAGCCCCACACACAAAACAUGACACAUGACACACAGAUACAGAUACAGCAUAUAGUUAUAUAGAUAUUUAAUUGGAGUAACCCCUAGCCCUACGCUAAACUACACUACAAAUUAUAUUGGUAUAAGUUCUACGCAAGCUAAGCUGCCUUGCACCAAAGGCAGUGGCACCCGCACCACCAACUACUUCGUAAGUCAGCCCGUGUUUUAGUUUGAUUCAGUGUUUGCUUUAGUUAAAUGUGCUAGGACGGCGCCUCGAUCGCGUGUCCAGUCGAGAGAUAAAACCACAAACUUAUGCCCACCUCAGCCACCAAGAAAGGAUAGAACGAAUGUAGAGAGCCCCAAACAUUAAUAGUCAGACUUCCGAUCACAACUAACUCUAAUGAAUCGCAACCACUAGACGGCGAAUGAAUAACGUAGUAGAAGUCUUGAGUCUUUAAGUCUUUAAUGAGGAAGAGAAGGCGAUUGAGCGAGAGUAAAACACAUUAAAAUGUAAUUUAUAUUACCUCCUUAGCAAAAAUCAAUAACAAAUAACGAGUAACAAUUAACAAAUAACAAAUAACAAUGUUUUCUUAAUGCAUAUAAGCAAACUAUGAUAAAUCAAGGCAAAGUAAAACAAAAUAUGUACGUUUAAAUCAAAUAAUCAAUUCAUAAACAAUUAAAAGCAGUUUUUGUUUAGUUCAUAAUUUGUACUCAAAAAAAAAA